GGCUGAUUUUUUUUGUAGUUUUAUUGAAUGUUUGUCCCCUUAUUUUGUGUGUGUUGUGUUGCUGUAGCGGUUUGAUGACGUGUUUCCGCUUCGGUCAUGGCGCGAUUUGAAGCGGGGCAGCAGCGCGAGACACUUGGACGUAAGAUGAUGUCAGUGGGUCGAUCUGAAGAUGAUGGUGUUGAUGAUCCUCAUCUUCAUCAGUCGUCUGUUCCCGCUCUGACGCGUUCCUGGCCGCCGUCUCCUCUCUCAGCACUGUCGUCGUCUAGUCAGGUCACCGCUCGUCUCUACAGCUCGUUACAGCACAGCCGAGAGCAGGAGGUCAAAGGUCACGCGGCCAGGCAGGUGUCGUUCGCUCUGUCUUCUCCUGAUCUCACUGCUGUCAGGAUGACUGCAGCCACGCCCCCUCUCCUCUCUAAUAGGCUGGAGGACCUCAGCCUGGACUCCACCUCCUCACGUGAUGCGAUUGGCUCAGGAGUGGAGGGGGUGGAGUCGGAGUCAGAUGCGGAUGGAGAGAUGGACCUUCAUCUACAGAACAGCCUGAGCAGAUCAACACAGCUGACGGUAGGGGAUAGACAAUAUCGUUUGAGCGGCAGGAAGCACAUAGAGGAAAUGGAGAAUGUACGGACACACUUACAGUCCAUACUGAGAAACACACAGAGUGCUGCAGGUAGACAUGAGUUUCUGGGCCUUGGAUCACAGCACUUGCUGGAUGAUUCACACGAGAGCGACACCACGUCACACCUGCUCAGUGCGGGGUUGUCUGUGGGCGGUGUGGAGGAGCUGUUCCCGCGUUAUUCCCGUCUUCACGCAGACACGAGCGGCGUUGCUUCAGAGCUGCAGGUGUUGAGAGACAGUCUGGACAGAGAGCGAGAGCGCCGGAAGGUGUGUGAGCAGCAGGUGGCGUCUCUCCACAGUAAAGUUCUUCAGUUUCAGCAGCAGUUAACACUCGCUGUGGCCGCCGACCGCAAGAAAGACAUCAUGAUCGAACAACUCGACAAGACGCUGGUGAAGGUGGUCGAGGGCUGGAAGAGACAUGAUCAGGAACGAAAUGAGGAGAUGAAACGCCUGCAGGAGGAGAAGGAGAUGGCAGAGAGAACACACAACACACACAAACAGGCUCUGUCUCGUGUCGAGCAGAAUCUCUCUCAGGUGGAAGAAACACUAAACCAGGAGCAGAAACACAAGCAGGAGCUGCAGAAGACCAACAAACGCCUGGAGCAGGAGGUGCGUGAGCUCCACGUGCGUUUGGAGGAGCUCCAGCAGGAGGAGCAGAAGCUGCGCAGAGACGCAGACAGACUCCGAGAGCAGCUGCACAAACUGCAGGCCGAGUCACGUGACACACGGACACACGCACAGGAACUCCAACAGCAGCUCGCACACGCCACGCAGCAGCUGCACACACACACGGAUCAGGUCAAACAGGAAGCGGCUGCGCGUGAAGAGGCGGAGAACAGGACGCGGGAGAUACAAGAAGAGCUGGAGCAGAUCAGGAGAGACAGAGACACACUGAGAGUCGACCGAGCGCUGGAACAGACGCGGUUCGAGGCGCAGAAGUCUCAGAUGGAGGCGGAGUUUCGUCUGUCGUUGGAGCGUCAGAUCAAUGAGAGACUGACAGCCAUACAGGAGGAGAACACGACACACAACGCACAACUACGACAACAACACAGGAAGCAGUUGCUGGAUCUGAGUGCGCGGCACGAACGAGAGCUGGCGGCUCAGCUGGAUCAGUUCAGAACACAGUUACAGGAGAAAGACGACAAACUGCAACAGCUCACACAGACCUACCAACACAAACUGUCAGAGAUGCAGGAAGAGCUGGUUUCCAUGGCAGCGUCUAAAAGGAAGCUGGAGACGCAGAGGGAGGAGCUUGUGUGCCGCCUGCAGGGAAUGAUGCGCUCCCAUUGGGCGGAGGCUUUACGGCUGUUGACCAAUCAGGAACAGAUGGAGAGUCUUUUAUCACCCGUCCCUCAGUGGGAAGCGUCCAAACCAUCCUCUUCUCCUCCCAGGAGUGACACACAUGCGUCAGCAGCUCCGCAGGCCGUGGUUUUGCAUCUGUCCAGAGAGAAGGAGCGAGAGACGAGAGCACAGAAAGAAAUGAGCUCACACUCAGAGUUUGGACUGUUGAACUACAGCACUUCAUUCUGUCCACUGGAGCCAGUGCUGGAGCACACGGAUAUGACAGCACUCAGUGACUGCAGUGGAUUGUGGGUCAGGCCUGCGUUCUCAGAGAACGAAACGCUGAAAGAGAUGAACCAGGGGACGAGAGAAACACAAAUGAAGCAGAUUCUCAAUCUGAAUCACAGUCAGUGUGAACCCAAUCAGAUCAGAGCGAGACAGAAGCAGAGCCACGCCCCCACAGACACGCGGACCAAUCACAGCUCCAGCGCCGAUAGUGGGCUGGGCAGGGGCGUGGCUUCUGGACUGUGGUACGGUAGUGAUUCGGAUAAAGCUCCGCCCAUCAGAGAUGAAGCUGUGCACAGCAGGACGAGAGUUUCCUCUCUUAAUGACGACAGACAGAGUGAGCUGCAGUAUUACGUGUCAAAGCUGCUGGAGCGUUCCCCUGGCGACCCUGUGGACGAGCCAAUCAGAGAGCACAAACAUGAGACCGAGCGUCACAUGAGCGACCUGAGAUCAAACCCGGAGCAGAAACCAGAUCAGCGUGACAAACAAGAGGUGUGUGUGUCGUCUCAGCGGGCUCCGUCUCGAAGCGUCCAGAGCAGGAGAUCAGUGAGCCGCAGAGGAGGAUCUCAGAAAGUCUGGAGAUGAAACGCCUUCUUUUUACUCAUUUAUUUAUGCGCUUUAUUAUAUUUGAAAUAAAAACUC